GGACUUUCUAGAAAGUUUGAGAGCACCUUUCACAGCAGUCUGAGCAGACGAGGAAGACGACUGUCUCAGAACUAAAGCCAACGCUAAGACAGCUGUGGACAUGACAGAGAUUUUUCUCUGAAGCUGACAGAUGAAGCUGUUCAGUGGCAUGACUUGGACAUCAGGAGGUAUGAGGAGACAGCUCUUCUCUCUGCUGUUGACUUCACUGUUUUUGGGGAGCCUGCUGAUCAACGUGGUCUGGGACAGCUUCCAGGACGGCAAUGUGAUCCGUCGCUCACCGGCCCCUCAGAGGAGACGGGCCCCCAGGACCUAUGAAAUCUGUGAGGGCUGCAGGGAGCUCAUUGAGAAAAUAAUGCAGCAUUAUAAUAAAACCUGGUGGAAACAGGAAGACAAGUACCAAAAAUUCAGAUCUCAGCUUAAGUGUCAGUGCAACGGUUUUGACAACGCCAUCCUCACCCAGGCCAACGCUCCGGUGGGAUUUGAGAUUGUUACCGACAGGAAGAGGAAGAAGACCGUUGAGGUGACCCGGGAGCUCUUCAGCCUCCUUGCAAAGGAGCAUCCUUUCUUAAAUAAAACAUGGGACACGUGUGCCGUUGUUGGGAACGGAGGGAUCCUGGAGGACAGCCGCUGUGGAAAGAAGAUCGACUCAGCUGAGUUUGUCAUCAGGUGCAACCUUCCUCCUUUAGAAGACGGUUACGAGAAGGAUGUCGGUACCAAGACGAGCCUGGUGACGGCAAACCCAUCCAUCUUUGAAGAGAGAUAUGGCUCUCUGAUGACGCUUCGCCGUCCAUUUAUGGAGAAACUGCGUACUUACGGUAACGCUUUGCUGCUUCUUAACCCAUUCCAUGCAGCCCGCUACACAGCCAUAACGCUGAGAGCAGCUUACACCAUCAAUGACUUUGGUGGUCCCACCCGGCCUGCCUUAUUAAACCCUGACUACCACAUCAAUGUCACCAACUUCUGGCUGAAGCAAUCCCUGAAAGAAUUGCGGCUGAGCACAGGGUUACUGAUGGUGAGUUUGGCCCUUGAACUCUGUGACAACGUGCUCGUGUACGGAUUCUGGCCCUUCAGCAAUCACCCCCAUGGACUCCAUAACCUGAAGCACCACUACUACGAUGACAAACCACCUAGCACAAAAUACCACGCCAUGCCUGACGAGUUUGAGUUCCUGCUGCAGCUGCACAGUCAGGGGGUGCUCAAGCUUCAUCUAGGGGAAUGCCGACCUGGGAAACAGACAGGAAGAGAAGAAGGAGGGGGAGAAGACAAGAGGGAAAGGCAGACAGGAAGAGAAGAAGAUGGGGGAGAAGACAAGAGGGAAAGUCAGAUAAAGACGUUGCAGCUGAGUACAAAACUUGUCAUGCACAAGUUCCCCGUGGUGGCAAAGGACCGGGGAAGUUUAAUAACUAACCUCAUCGGGCAUUUGAAGAAGCAUCACAAAAAACAGCAUGAGGAUUUUCACAAGACCACGAAGAAACAACAAGGCUCUGGCUCCUUCAAACAACCGUUGCUGUCCGAAACAUUUGGAAAGUGUGAUAAACUCUCACAGGACGGCAAAAAGGCAUUAGCUAUAACAGAAAAGAUCGAUGACCAGCCCCUGUCAGUGGUGAAUUAUGUCGAGUUAGGCACGAGUGUCGAGACUCAGGGGCUCUUUAGCACAGCAUCAGUUAUCAUUGAGGAGCACAGGAGCAGGCUGACGGCACAGCAUGCCGAAAUGCUCAUCUUCUUAAAAAAGAAUCUCCACAUCAUGCUCGGACUGCAGAAAGUGGAGAUGGACGAGUAG